AUGGAGGCCCCCCAGCCGCCGCCGCCGCCGCCGCCGGCCCGCCCACCAGUGACCACGGCCUGGCCCGGCAGCCCGCACCCCGGCGCCACCUCCGCGGCCGGCCCGCCUGGCGGGACAUCUGCGGCGACGGCGGCCGCACUCGCCUUCAGCACCGUGGCCAGUGCGGCGGCCGCGGCGCUGGGGAACCGGAGCGACGGGAGCGGGGGCGACGGCGCCGGCGCUGCAGGUGGAGGCGGCCACGACGCGCCCGAGGCCGCAGGGCCGGUACGGGCGGCGGCUGGGGCGGCGGGGGCGAGGCCGGAGCUGCCCGGGCCGGAGGAGGCAGCGCCCAUGCUGUGGCACGGCACGGCGGUGGCGGCUCAGGCGCUGGUGCUGCUGCUCCUCUUCCUGCUGUCUAGCCUGGGCAACUGCGCGGUGAUGGGGGUGAUCGCGAAGCACCGGCAGCUCCGCACCGUCACCAACGCCUUCAUCCUGUCUCUGUCGCUGUCGGACCUGCUCACGGCGCUGCUCUGCCUGCCCGCCGCCUUCCUGGAUCUCUUCACGCCGCCCGUGGGCCACUGGCGCGGCUUCUGCGCCGCCAGCCGCUUCUUCAGCUCGUGCUUCGGCAUCGUGUCCACCUGGAGCGUGGCGCUCAUCUCGCUGGACCGCUACUGCGCCAUCGCACGGCCUCCCCGGGAUAAGCUGGGCCGGCGCCGCGCGCUGCAGCUGCUGGCGGGCGCCUGGCUGGCGGCGCUGGGCUUCUCGCUGCCCUGGGAGCUGCUCCGGGCACCGCCGCGGGAACCGAGCUUCCACGGCUGCCUCUACCGCACGUCCCCGGACCCGGCGCAGCUGGGAGCGGCCUACAGCGUGGGGCUGGUGGUGGCCUGCUACCUGCUGCCCUUCCUGCUCAUGUGUUUCUGCCACUACCACAUCUGCAGGGCCGUGCGCCUGUCGGACGUGCGCGUGCGGCCCGUGACCACCUACGCCCGCGAGCUGCGCUUCUUCAGCGAGGUGCGCACGGCCACCACCGUGCUCAUCAUGAUCGUCUUGGUCAUCUGUUGCUGGGGACCCUACUGCUUCCUGGUGCUGCUGGCCGCGGCGCGCCAGGCCCAGGCCGCCCAGGCGCCUUCGCUCCUCAACGUGGUGGCCGUCUGGCUGACCUGGGCCAACGGGGCCAUUAACCCUGUCAUCUAUGCCAUCCGCAACCCCAGCAUUUCCGCGUUCCUGGGACGCGGUCGCGAGGAGGGCUACCGGACUGGGAACGUGGACGCGUUCCUGCCCAACCAGGGCCCGGGGUCUCAGGCCCGGAGCUGCCAUCACCUUCAGAACCGCUGCACCAAGCGGCUGGAGGCUUGCCACACACUGUCCUCUUCCAACCGAGCCCCUGGGGCCGCAGGGGACGUGGCCAUGUGGGCCCGGAAAAACCCAGCCAUGCUUUUCUGUCGAGAGGGGCCUGCAGAGCCUGUGGCAGCCCUGGCCAAACAGCUUAAAUUCGAAGCUGGUGAUACCAGCCUCUAG